AGAUACGACCCACGCGAUUUUCUUGACGAUUUCCUGAUGGCUGAGGGUCAACCUCCGGAGCCGAACGUUCAGUUACUUGUCGAUCCUGUAGAGCCAGUCGUGAAUCCACCAGUCGUGAACCCGCUAGUUGUGAAUCCGCCGGUUGUGAAUCCACCGGAUGGCAACCAGAAUGUUAAUGUCGCUCAGCCUCAGGAACUGGAGGUAGCCCUUGUAGAACCAGACAUAUGCAAAACCUAUGCUCAUGGUAUUUGUUUACUAUGUUGGACUAUGUUUCAGCUAUGUUAUGUUCACUACUGCCUAUGUAUUAACUAUGUAACACACCAAACAACAUAGUCCAAAGUAUGCAAAAUCUAUGUUGAAACUAUGUUUAGGCUAUUUGAAAAGCACAUAGCUUUUGAAUACCUAUGCAAAUACCAUUCAAAAUCUUUUCAUAGUCUUGACAUAGCUAUGUAUUUACUAUGCAAUAGAAAGUUCUGCUUUUCCUUCCGAUUAGCAUCCUAUGUAUUCACUAUGCAUCAAAGUAAAAUAGCUUUUACAUAGCAUUUCGAUCUUCACUUUUAUUUCCAACAAGUUUCUUAGCUUUUACAUAGUGCUAUGUAUAUUCUAUGCUAUGUGAUGAAACAUAUUUGCAGCCUAUGUAUUCACUAUGUGACAUUUUCAGUUAGCUUUAUCACGAGAUAAAGGCUACAUAGCUUUUACGUAAACAUAUUUUUUCCUAUGUCACUUAUAUGAAAAAUAUAUGUAGUCUAUGCGUUUCCUAUGUGAUAUUCCAACAUAGCUUUUAAGUGACUAGGCAUGUUGAUGGUAGCGCUUACAGAAGGCUAAGCAUACUUCCAAAGUAAAAAGCAGUGUUUUAAACUAAAACACUGAAAAAUCAUGUACUACAAUUUUUUUUUAUGCUUGCAGAUAGUUUCUUAGUGAGAAGACUUUUGUUAAGCAUUGAAUCGCUACAUCCAUCAUCCCUGUCUUAACUUUCCUUUCUAGCUUUUCCCUAGAGUUCUUCACUUGAAAUGGUACUUCCAUGUAUCAUUUUCUUCUUUUACAUUGGGUUCGAUCCUUCGUCUUGAUUGUGGACGUCUCCUGAAUAUAACUGCAUGGUCAAAACUGCGAAACGCUACCUGCCUCAGUGGAUGUUUGUCAGCCAUUUUGUUUCCACUAGUUCCCAGGGAAGUCCGUGAGUUCAACGCAUGCGUAUUUUGGCGUUUUAUCGUCACGUGGGCCUUUUCAACCAAUGAAAAGGUGUGAAAAUUGUCUGUUUCCACGCGGGCGCUUUCAAGUCAAAGAAGACGAGCUGUAAGCGUGCGUCUUUACAAGAAGACGCUUCUUUUUACUUCAAUUUGCAGUCUUUUUCCUGCCAGGUUCAACAAAAAGUAUUCCUAACGUUGGUAAGUGAUAUUUUUCUCAAUUAAGUUUCGAUUUGCCUGUGUUGUCUCCCCUUUUCGCGUAUCUGAACAAGGAUCGGUCGAUCACGCUUUGAUACUCCUUCGUUGCAAUUCUAAAACGUCAGGUUGUUUUUAUGUUCAUUUGCCUUAAAAUCUCCACUUUUCUGUUUGCAGAUACUUAUUCGUUGCAGUCAAAAGGAAACUGUAUGGCACUGAAGAGCACGACAUCAGCAAAAAGUCUACACGAUAAGCAAACUUAAACUUGGGGUUUCGAUUCUGAAACUUCUAUGAAAAUACUGCAUUUGUGUUACUAUUAGUGUUCGUGGUAUUAUAUUGCCAUAGUUUUUCAAUUUUUCGUUUCAAAACCUAUUUCUUACUAAUGUAAAAGGUAUUCUAAUUCAUAUUUUUAUACUAUUUUUACUAUUUUGGUGAUUUUUACGAACGUAUUUUAAACACUACAUUAAUUUGCUUAAGCAGAUCGAAACCUACAUACAUAAGAGACUAUGUCAAUUCUAUGUAAUUUCUGUUUGAACUCUAGUUAAAGCUUGUGUAUGUGAUAUGUUUUACCUAUUCAAAUACCAUUAAAAUCCUAUUUCAAACCUAUGCAAAGACUAUUUGUUCUGUGUUUUCCCUAUUUUAAUGCUAUGCAAAGUAUAUGUCACCUUUAGAAAGGCUAUGUUUUUCAUACGUUUUUUCUAUUUCUAGGCUAUCUAAAUUCUAAGCAAACCCUAUUCAAAAGCUAUUUAAUCAACUGUUCCCUGUUCCAUUUUACUAUGUAAACUCUAUUUCAGUCCUAUGUGAAGGCUAUUUAUUUUCUAUGAUUUUUCUAUGAGGUUGACUAUGAAGUCUAAAAUCUCUUUCCACAAGCUAAGUAAACUGUAUGUAUAGGCUAUGUGGAAACUAUGUCAUUUCUUCCUUUAUUCCUACCUUUAAAAACUGCAUAGCUUUUAAGUAGGUUCCGUUUGACUAGCGAAAACAUAGCAUUUUCGAUACAAAAAACAUAGUCCUGGCAUAGAAACAACAUAGGAUCUGGUUAAAGCAAUGUAUGAGUGCAGUGAUUGCAUAGCUUUGUGACAUAGCAUUUGCAUAGAUUCUACAUAGUGUCUGAUUCUACUAGGGAGUUCUCUUUUAGUUGUUAUGAAUUUUUUCGUGGCAUAUUUCUCUUGUCUGUCGUAUCUUUCAGGUUCUUCACACAGCAUGGUGGAGAGAAUAACGGAGAGCUUUUUUUUUUUUUUGGCCCGAUCGCGGCCUGUUAUUGAAAUCUUUUCGGAAGAUUGUCGGGCUAUUCCGCGUGGCUAGUUAACGAACUAUCGUUCGGCGUCUGGCUUGUGGCUGGAUGAACGCCGUGGAUUCGCUUAUUUUGUAUUUCUUUCGGCCUAUGUGGUCGUUGGAUGGUUACAAAACCGUACGAGCGAGGUGGCCGAUUUGUUCGGCGGUGGCUAGUUGACGGAUUAGCGGUCGGCGUCUGGCUCUUGGCUAGAGGAACGCCGUGGACUCACUUGUUUGUAUUUUCUUCGGCCUUUGUGGUCGUUCGAUGGUUACAAACCGUACAGGCGAGGUGGCCGAUUUGUUCGGCGGUGCUUGGUUGACGGACCAGCGUUGGGUGUUUAGCUUUUAGCUAGAGGAACGCUGUGGACUCGCUUAUUGUACAAGCGACGUGGCCGUUUUGUUCGGCGGUGACAUCUAGCUUUUGGCUAGAGAGACGCCGUGAAUUCGCUUAUUUGUAUUUCCUUCAGCCUUUUUGCGGUCGUGGGAUGGUUACAAAUGGUGGCAGCGAGGUGUCAUUUGUGUUUUGUCUUUUCCUUCGGCUGAUGUGGCCUUUGGAUGUUUGUUAUGAGUUAUGAUAAUGGGUCAUCGUUAAUUGUUGAACGUUGCUAGGUCGUCUUACUUGUAUUUUCUCCUUUGGCUGUGCCUGCCGAAGGAUGUUUAUACAUGGUAACGCGAGAAGUUACGUGAUGUUUUUUUUUUUUUUUUUUUCACGAGGCCUGUAAUGAGGUUUUUUUUUAUGCAUAACACUAAGUGCUUCGCACAUUGAGGUGGGCGGUGAUUAAGAGUCUCUUUGUUCCUUUGCAGCGAUUGCGUGAGGAGGUGAGACAGUUAAAGCAGUCAGUGGAGGCAGUAACCAACGCGUCGCCUGAGAAGCUCAUGGAACAGAUCUUGGCUUAUGCUUCCCGCCCGUUGACAGAGUUUAACAAGUAUGAGGUGCUUGAGCUGUUGGAGACUCCGCAUAACAAGGCCGGUGACAGUAAUCUUGACAGGAAGAACUACUAUCGGCUCGUUCAUCAGUCGGCGAGGGAAAAGGUGGAGUUGUCGAAGGACCACUUCAAGGACCUUGUUAUGCGCCUAUUAGGAGACAAGGACCACGAGAGGGUCCUGGAUAUCGUUUCUAAAGUAGAAAAGAAGUCAAAUCGCAAGAAGCCUCAAGCGAACGACAACAGGGGUGCUGGUGUGGCAUGUCCGUCUCGUCUAUUUUCUUUGCGAUGUUAUUUUUGUCAUAGGCGAGGUCAUAUCAAAGCUGAUUGUCCUGACUUGAAGUCCAAGCAGAGGAAAACGGAUCCCAAAUCAGACAAGUAGCUUGUGUUUAGAUCUCGUUAGUUCGCACCGGUGUUAUAGGUUGAAGGCCGCCUGGACAAGGCUGUGUGUUGUAAUAUUGCUUAAUUCUUUGCGAUAAUAAACAAACUUUUGUGUGUAUUGAAUCAAUCUAGUGCAUAUUUUACUCUGUCUAUUUUGUCAACAUAGUUAUAACGACUUUGAAAAAGGGGUAUCCUUGAGACAAGGGCCCUCCAGCCUCGCUGGUCUUAGCUGUUAUUUCUCUGCUGACUUUGACGGGGAUGAUUUUAAUAUGGUCUUAGAUUUUUCGGCGAUUCAGUGUCUAAAGGCGUCUUCACUACCCCUUUUUCCUAGGGAAACAUGUGGUGUUGGGAAAAAUCUGACUCCUUUGAUCUUCGACUUCAGGAGUUACAAGGCAAAGAAAUUGAGCUUCCAAUGUCCUGGGUCGAUUGUUUCGGUAACUCCGUCGAGGUCAGUGGAGAAGUGACAGCCUGUGACCGUGUUAGAUUACAGAGAAUACAGAGGGGAGAGUUAAUUGGUGAUAUUUCGGAGUUAUUGUUCCGUGACCCACAUUGUUUUCGAGCUGGAGAAUUGCAUAACCAUUUUGAGUAUUGGCAGUACAUUGCGCGAGAUAGCUCGUCACCCCAACAGGCACAGAUUCUUGGGUGGAUAAGGGACAAGGUCUCGAUUAAGCCGUUUUUCAAGCAUUUUAAAGGAAGUUUUAAAGGAGAAUUGUUCGAUUCAGACGAGCCUCCGAUGAAGGUGUUCAAGAACAAUGCCUCUUGCAAGCCCUUUGUGUCAUUUGUGGAGGAAACGUUAGUUGCACGCUUGAGAUCUGGAGCUAUUUCGCUGUUGGGGAGAGUGGGUGAGGUUGACCCUCCAUUUAUUGUUCUUCCCCUUACAGUUGAGCCAACAAAGCCA